CUCACACCAGUGAAGUUGGGAACAGGAUCUUAAGAACAGCCUUGCAAGUAGUGGCAACAUACGGGCCUUGGAGUUUUUAUUUUUUUCCGCCCUUUAAAGGUGCUUUUGUGUUUUCUCUGUCGGUGGAAGCGCUGCCCUUUCUGGAGUUGGUAUGUGAUAAGAGGUCCUAGCAGUGCCAUGUAUUGGAAGAGCGAUCAGAUGUUUGUGUGUAAACUGGAAGACAAGGACGUCCCUGCGCUUGGUAUUUCCACUGAGAAGUUCCCGGGGCUCAUGGCCGAGGAGUGCAGGAGAGCGGCGGCCCUGGCUGGGGGAAGGCGGCGGAAAGGCGCCGGGGAAGGGGAGCUGGUGAGCCCCGAGGCAGCAGGGGACGAGGACUCCUGCUCUUCCUCUGCCCCGCUGUCCCCCUCCUCCUCGCCCCGGUCCAUGGCCUCGGCCUCCGGCUGCGCCCCCAGCAAGUGUCUGUGCAGCAGCUGCGGCCUGGAGAUCGUGGACAAGUACCUGCUCAAGGUAAAUGAUCUCUGCUGGCAUGUACGCUGUCUCUCAUGCAGUGUUUGCAGAACCUCUCUAGGAAGGCAUACCAGCUGCUACAUCAAAGAUAAAGAUAUUUUCUGCAAACUUGAUUAUUUCAGGCGGUAUGGAACCCGUUGUUCUCGUUGUGGUAGGCACAUCCAUUCUACUGACUGGGUCCGAAGGGCUAAGGGAAAUGUGUAUCACCUAGCAUGUUUUGCCUGCUUCUCCUGCAAAAGACAGCUUUCCACUGGAGAGGAAUUUGCUUUGGUUGAAGAGAAAGUCCUUUGUAGAGUACAUUAUGAUUGUAUGUUGGACAAUCUAAAAAGAGAAGUUGAAAAUGGGAAUGGGAUUAGUGUGGAAGGAGCAUUACUAACAGAACAAGAUGUUAAUCAUCCGAAACCAGCAAAAAGAGCUCGGACCAGCUUCACAGCAGAUCAACUCCAGGUUAUGCAAGCACAGUUUGCUCAAGACAACAAUCCAGAUGCACAAACGCUCCAAAAACUGGCAGAAAGAACAGGCUUGAGCAGGCGUGUGAUACAGGUGUGGUUUCAAAACUGUAGAGCACGCCAUAAGAAACAUGUUAGUCCUAAUCAUUCAUCGACUGCUCCUGUCACAGCAGUUCAGCCCUCUAGGCUGUCUCCACCAAUGUUAGAAGAAAUGGCAUACUCAGCAUAUGUACCCCAAGAUGGGACAAUGUUAACUGCUCUACAUAGUUAUAUGGAUGCUCAUUCACCUACAGCACUUGGACUCCAGCCCUUGCUACCCCAUUCAAUGACACAACUGCCAAUAAGUCACACCUAAUUCCUUUCUUUCAGGGAUAAAAGCUAGUAAGGAUGUACUCUCUUAAGAGUCAUUUAUUGUGUAUUAAAAUAUCAUUGAAAAGAUAUUAAUGUAAAUUUUUUAUUUAACAUCCAAAGCAUUUUCAAGACCAUUUUGCUGCCCAAGUACGUAAGUAUAGUUGGCCUGCAAGACACUUUUAUGGAUUCUGCAUAAAUAACUAUGUUGUUUACAAGGCUUAUUAAACACCUUUUUUGUAUUGUCUGGAAGUAGUCCACUCUAGUUAUGUAUUUGUUAAUUUAUUCAUCAUCAAGAGCACUUUGCCUAAAAGAAAGGACUGAUAAUUGUGCAAAAUGUUUACAAUUCUUUGUGAAAUUGUAGUUUAUCAUUAGUUUGUAUCUGUAAGUUAUUGUUAUAAAAAGUAUUACCUGUAUUUGAGUUAUAUACAGCCUAUACUUUAAAGCUUAUGUCUGUGAGUUGGCAAAAUAAACUUCAUUUGCAAAUA